AUGGAGAGCGGUACCAAAACCGGCUGGCUAUUCAACUACCACCCGACGACAGUUGUUACAGAGGACGCAUCGGCGGAGCGGCAGAGUGGAGUGUCGGGUCGUGCAGCCCUCGUUCUUCUUUUUCAGGACCACGAGAGAGAAAUAUUCCAUGUGAAUCUCUUCUACAACCCAUACAUCUUUGUUGGGGCCGUGGAGGGGCAUGAGCAUGAGGUGGAGCUGGGUCUCAUGUCGCUCUUCGGUCCACAGCUGAUCCACCAGAUUGAGACAGUGGGACGAGAAGACUUGGACCUCAUCAAUCACCUCAGCGGGCGCAAGCGGAUCUUCUUAAAGGUUGUAUUCUGCAAUGUGCAGAAUUUGACAACAGUGCGAGGAAGAGUCGAAAAAAUUGUAAAGCGCAACGCCUCUAUGGGCACUGCCAACCCGCUCUUAAAUCCAUUUGAAGGUUCACUGAGUGACGUGAUGGCGAAGACGUUUGAGGACGACCCUUUCAAUGUCAAUGUGUCGUCAGAGCGGUGGUUUGAUUGGGUGCAUGAGGUGCGGGAGUACGACGUGAAGUAUCACAUGCGCGUUGCAAUCGACCUUGGUGUCUUUGUUGGCGUGUGGUAUGAUGUCACGGUGCGGGAAGGGGAGGCGCAGGUGAUACGCUGCGAUGAUAGCGCCUAUGCCCCUGCCAUGCCACUGGUGUGUGCGUUUGAUAUUGAGACGACAAAGGCACCUCUAAAAUUCCCGCAGCCUGAAGUUGACCAGAUUUACAUGAUUUCGUACAUGCUCGAUGGGCGCGGCUACUUGAUCAUCAACCGUGAAAUCGUCACGGCGGAUAUUAAUCAAUUUGAGUACACACCAAAGCCAGAAUAUGAGGGCGUCUUCGACACAUUUAACGAACCCGACGAGAAGGCUUUGCUGCGGCGCUUCUAUGAUGAGAUGCGAAAGUACAAGCCAAACGUGUAUGUGACAUACAAUGGGGAUUAUUUUGACUUCCCUUUCAUUCACGCACGAUCAAUCUUUCAUAAUUUAAGCUUGCGGGACGAAAUUGGUUUUACACAAGGCGCAGAUGGUGCUUUUCUUAACCAAAAAAUACCGCACCUCGACUGCUUCUACUGGGUGAAGCGUGACAGCUAUUUGCCUCAGGGAAGCCAAGGCCUCAAGGCAGUGACGAAGUACAAGCUGGGUUUCAACCCCAUCGAGGUGGACCCGGAGGACAUGCUCCCGCUGGCGCAGACAAACCCACAGCAAAUGGCCUCCUAUUCUGUUUCUGAUGCCCUGUCAACAUGGUACCUCUACCAGAAGUAUGUCCAUCCCUUUAUCUACUCGCUUUCAACGAUCAUUCCCAUGGCACCGGAUGACGUGCUGCGGAAAGGUUCUGGGGGUUUGUGCGAGUCACUGCUGAUGGUACAGGCGAACGCGAAUAAUGUCAUUUUCCCAAACAAAAAGGUGCAGCAGCUUGAAAAGUUUUUCAAUGGUCAUCUUAUUGAUAGCGAGACGUACAUUGGAGGUCGUGUGGAGGCCCUUCAAAGCGGGGUAUAUCGUAGCGAUAUCCCUCUCAACUUUAGCAUGAGCCCAGAUAUGUAUCAGAAGCUUAUCAAUGAUCUUGAUAGUGCGUUACAGUUCGCCUUGGAGGUGGAGAAUGGUGUCAAGAAGGAGGAGGUGACAAACUACGAGGAGGUGCGAGAUGCCGUAAAGGCGAAGCUGGAGGAUUUGCGAAAUCACCCGCGUCAACAAGCGUGUCCCAUCAUAUACCACCUAGAUGUUGGAGCCAUGUAUCCCAAUAUUAUCCUCACAAAUCGAUUGCAGCCGUACGCCAUCCCAAAGCCAGAUGUGUGUGCUGGAUGCUGCUUUAACUCACCAACCAAUGAGCAUCACUGCAAACGUGCCAUGACAUGGAAAUGGAAAGGGGAAAUGCUCACGGCUGGACGCCACGAGUACCAGCGUAUCAAGGCACAGCUAGAAAAUGAAUCAUUUGCAGCCGCUGUGAUUCAGCAAGCAAACUUGGCUGCAGUCCAGAAGAAAACUUACGGUAAUCGCAAAGGAAACGUUUUGGAAGGAACGGCGUUUGAGCGAAAGCCGCGUACGAAUUUCAAACGGCGUGGUGAUGGGAAUGGUGGUGGUGGUGGUUAUCGGCAUGAGAGCAACCACCAGCGGCAGGAAGCACGAAAUGCCCUGAUUUCAAAGGAGUUUGAUAAAAAGGACAGAAGCGGUAGCGACGACGACGAUGAUGAUGAUGACGGGCAGGAAGGUGGACUAAAGGCAUUUCACAAACUACAGGAGACCACACAGUUUAAUAUGUUAAAAAAGCGUCUUGCAGAGUACAGCAGAAAAGCCUAUGGCAAGAUACACGAGUCCCGUGAGAUCAUGCGCAGUGAUGUGGUGUGUCAGCGCGAGAAUUCUUUUUACGUUGACACAGUGCGUCUAUUUCGUGAUCGUCGCUACGAGUACAAGGCUGCACUUAAGACAUGGAAGAAAAAAUUGGAUGCGGCUAAAGAAGUGGAUGAUAUAAAACUUUGCAAGAGCCGCUGUGUGCAAAUGGAAUCGCUGCAGUUGGCGCAUAAGUGCAUUCUUAACUCUUUUUAUGGAUACGUGAUGCGCAAAGGCAGCCGCUGGUACAGCAUGGAGAUGGCUGGUAUCGUGACGUACCUCGGCGCCACACUCAUUCAAAUGGCCCGUGCUCUCGUCCAGCAGAUUGGCGUCACACUUGAACUCGAUACGGAUGGUAUCUGGUGCUGCCUGCCCAUGAGCUUUCCAGAGAACUUCACUUUUACGACGUCGAACCCAUCCAAAGCGAAGGUUUCCAUCUCAUAUCCAUGUGUAGUACUUAACAAGAUGGUGCACGACGACUAUUCGAAUCACCAGUAUCAGACAUGUGUGAGUCCCGGUGUUUACGAAAGACGCAGUGAGUGUUCGAUUUACUUUGAAGUUGAUGGACCAUACUUAGCAAUGCUGCUUCCGGCAAGUCGUGAAGAGGGAAAGAGUAUCAAAAAGCGCUAUGCCGUGUUCAACCCCGACAGCAGUCUCGCAGAGCUGAAGGGGUUCGAGCUGAAGCGGCGUGGCGAGCUUAUGCUUAUCAAGGAUUUUCAGUCGCAGGUGUUUCGCCGCUUCCUCGAUGGUGAAACGCUUGUGGACUCAUACGCAUCCGCCGCUGUGGUUGCCAACGCGGCGCUGGAUAUGUUGUACUCGAAAGGAGAGGGCUACGAGACUGAGGAAAUCCUCGAGAAACUCUCGGAGAGCAGCAAUAUGACGCGCCGCCUAGCUGAGUAUCCGGACUCGCAGAAGUCGUUGGCGCUCACGACCGCCCGCCGCAUCGCCGAGUUCCUUGGCCCGCAGAUGGUGAAGGACAAGGGCCUCGCGUGUCAUUUCGUCAUCUCGCGUCUGCCUUCUGGCCGCCCGGUGACAGAGCGGGCUAUUCCCCUCACCAUUUUCCGUGCUGACCAAACGCUACGCACACAUUUUCUGCGCAAGUGGACAGGUGACAACUCGCUGCCAAUGGAUAUCAACCUGCAGCAGCUGCUGGAUUGGGAGUACUAUAUCACCCGAUUUAACGCCUGUGUGCAGAAGAUUAUCACUAUUCCGGCAGCACUGCAGCAGGUGCCUAACCCUGUACCGCGGGUGUUGCACCCAGACUGGCUGCACAAGCGUGUGCAGCAGCAGAACUCCCGGUUCCGGCAGGUGAGUCUUUCCGGUAUGCUAGCAAAAGCAAGAAACAAUGAAAACACUAUCCCUGAUGUGGAGGACCUUGUCACUCGCACUGAGGAAGGGACGGCACUUAACAGGACAGUGAAGGAUAAUAAGGUCAAGGACAGUAAGAACAAGAGCAACGACAACGCCAAUGAUAUUGCUUACUGUGAAGAAGAUGGCAGUGACUGGUCUGAUGACAACUCAGUUAUGUCAGAUAAAGAAAUCGACUGCAUCCAGCGUGAAGAAGAGGCUGUAGAGGCACUCAAAAAUAAGUACUUUUCGCCAAAGAGCAGUUACUCCCUAGAUGUAGCCUUCUUCGCCGAUCCCGCUUUCACCCCAUGGCUUCAGCGGCAGAAAGAGGCAUGGACACAUCGAGCGAAACUUCGGCGGGAAAUGGCAGUAGACGCGAACGACUCCACGCCUGCCGAUGGGCCUGCUGUCAGUAGUCACUUUAUUGACGUCAAGUCCAAGGCGCUAUCGGCGAUGUGGCACAUCAUGGAGGUGCGGCCGGAGAGAGAGGGAUCUGGCAUGGUGGUUGUCAUUGCAGCGCUUGAUAAGACGUUAUAUACAUUUCGCUGCGCUGUCCCGCAGAAUGUGAUCGUGGACGCUGAUAUGCAGUUUCAAAUUGCUGGUGCAAAGCCGUUGAAGAGCGGCCGAGUCCUACCGCGUGGCCGAAGCGCAGUGAAUCUGCUGCAGGUCGAAAUACCACCAGGGCGCGAUGGGGAGCACAUGCUCAACGAGAUGCUGAGCGCGCGGGAGGAUGUUCAUGCCGUCUACGAACACUACAUUACGCGUACAGAGACGCUAAUUGAAAAGAUUGGAUGCUGUGCGACUGUGAGGACAGAUGUGCACCUGCGCAACGCGCGGCGGCGUCCGUCUCUGCGGGAUGUCUUUGAUAUGGAAGAGCUCGACAGCGUGGUGAGUACAAAUUAUCUCAGCAACUCUACUGACCGCUUUGCUUUUGUUUUCCAUGCAGCCUCCGACACCCGCGGCUUACUUGGUGUCGUAAAUCGUCACGCUAAUACGGCUGUGGUUGUCUUUGUACAGCCCGCAUCGGCACAGGUCCCUGUGGUUAACUGGGGCGAUCUCUUUGUUGAAGCAGCGGCGUCUCUAAACACAACAACACCCUCAAUUGAGGUUGCGACGGAAAUGGCUUCAGAUAUAUCAAGUGCAUGGCGUAUCAUCUAUCGAGUGUUGUCUGAGACUGUGGAGAGUGGAAGGUCACCAAUGUUCGUUGUUGUUCAGAGCAACCAGUCGACUCCACACCUUCUUCAGCAGCGUUGUCUCCCGUCAUCAUUGCCGUACCUACGCGUACUCGGUGCGGUGGAGGAUGAGCGACUGCUUGUCGACCCAUUCCGAUGGUCUAGGCUUCUGGCGAAGCGAAUGGUGCAGCGGUAUUGUGCCUCCCUUUUGUGGAUAGAGGAGCGUGUCGCCUUUAGCCGCCUCUAUGGCAUACCACUCUGUAACCUCGCGCAGGAUACGUGCGUGCAUGUAUGGGACGUCUUGUUUAAAAGGUCGCUGCAUUCCCGCUCACAUGUGUUGUGGAACUCCUCUGAUGUUUCCAUUGCCUUUGAGGCCGUAGAGGAGCUCCCCCGUCAAGUCGUCAUGCCGGGCGGCUACUUCUCCUGGUGCGUGGAAUUUAGCCUUGCACGACUUGAUGUUGUUGCGGUUUUGUUUUCGCAGAUGAUUCAGGAGGGUGAUGAUCCCAAUGUGCAUAUCCUCUGUGACCGCGGUGUGUCGUCACACUUCAACAUUCUGCGGGACCUCGUGUCAGACCAACUCGGUCAGGUGGCGACAAGCUCCGUCGCGGACGCGCUUCUCUCCAGUUUUGCCCGUUGGAUACGUGACCCUGCAUCAGCCUGCUACGAGCCACGGUUGCUGGAGCUCGUGAGCAAACUCGCCCACCGUGCCCUCACGUCUGUCCUUAUCCGUCUCGCCAAGCUUGGUGGCCGCACCGUAAAGGUGGAUGGUGACUCAAUCGUUGUACUGACACCGAAGCACACCAUUCAGGACGCUAUCAGUUUUACCCGCUUCAUGGUGGACUCGCUGCAGGACCAGCCAAUGCUGCUCCUUCUAUCCCUUCAACCUGUCCGGUACUGGUGCCCAUUUGUGUUGCUUGACAAACGUGAUUUUGCCUGUCUGUACCUCACCAAUGACUACGCCGUCCAAUUGCAUGAGAAGGAGCAGGCGCCACUUGGACAAAUGGAGAUGGAGCACGCCAUCACCAUUUGGAGCAAGCUGCCAAGAAAGGUGAAGAGUUUCUUUGUUCAACGAAUUCAAAGCACGCUGAAACGUAUUUCGGAGACUCGAGAAGCUGUGCUGCGUGAUGUUCAAGCCGAUACGACUUUCGCGCUUGCCACCCGGAACGAGCAGAUUCUGAUGCGUGUGGUCAAAGCUUUUAAAUCGGCGGUUGAGAACAAGCUGCAUGCAGAUCUCAUCGAUGAAGUGCACAUGCUCAUGGAGCGCAAAGACCUCUAUGAAGAAGGGGAGCUAGCAAGCGGUGAAUCACCCUUGUCAAGCGGGGCUGUGGCACUGGAGUACACUAAAUGUAUUUGCCGGUUUCUUGAUCUGUUUCCCAAUGAUGGGGCAGUGGGAAAGAUGCGCAACAAUUGUCUGCGCCUGUGUGGGGUGAGUCCCUUUUCUCCAUUGGCGCAAGUUGUUCCGGAUGUUGAUGCUGAGUGCAGACUUUUGAUGAUGCGGUGCAGCUUUUGUAACCUUGACGUAUUCCUCGAUCUUGGUGUUCAGGAGAAACGACUGCGCUGCAACAAGUGUCACGCACCUAUUUCGGCUGCUGCCCUAGAGUCCCAUCUAGUGCGGCGCGUUAAUGCUCUCGUUACAAACUACAUGCAGCAAGACUUUAUGUGCAGUAAGUGUCAUGAGGUUGCGUCUGUCUUUAUGAGUCAGAGUUGUUGCGGGACCCUUGUGGGGAAAGGGAAGCCAAUCGCCCCACAGCUCCAUGCAAUGAAGAAGAUUGCUGUGAUUCAAGACUUCACGUGGUUGAAGGAGAGCGUUGAUGCUGCUCUCCUGUAUUCUUGA